AUGAUCGUCCUCGAGAGGAGGAUACUGUUGCAAUUGGGAUUUCUCGUGACGGUGCUCGUCAACGUGCACACUUCGGCCGGUGCGAACGCGAGUUGUGAAUUCGGCAGAACUUUGCGUAAGCAGGUGAACGCAGAGCCGCUUAAUGGGACCUGUCUACGAGAUAUCGUGGCUCGGUUGUCGGGCGAGUUUCGUUCGAUCACUGAUGCGGAGCUUGGCCUGAAACCGUUCCAGAAGAUGCUCGACGAAAUGGAGUUUGUGAACGUGUCGAGCAGCUUGAACAUGAGACUGAGCCUGUUGGUGGAUAAGCUGAACAAUAAGUUGCUGUCCUACGCGAAACUUUUAAAACAGAGCUAUAGCAUUGUGGAGCCUAUUCUGGCGAGGAGUGAAAGUCAGUUUGAGCACACUGGGUUUGCAAACAGACUGGAUCUGACGUCGAACGGGUUGGCUGAUUUUUGUUCUCGAAUCGCUCAAGAAUUGGCGCUACAUCUGAGAAACCAAGAGUGGAAGAACUUGCAUUUGCUACCUUUCGUGUACCCGGUAACUAUAUGUGGUCCUUCUAGUGCGGGACAUAACAUUGGACCUCUUCUGUUAUCUCAAUACUGCCCGAGAAAGAAUGUGUUACUAUUACUGGAGCAUGGCGUGUUCAUGUCCGAAGGCGAUAUUACUCUGGCUCAGAUAACUGCAGAGACAAUAAUCGACAUGCUGUCACACACAGAUUAUGUUAACGUUAUUGGCCUUUCUGUGAACGCCACUACUCAUUGCAAGGAUGGUUUGUUGAAAGCUACAGACGUCAAUAAGUUUCAGCUAGCACGUUAUAUUCACAGUUUAACAAGAAUAGAGACAAACGACACAAUUGAUUUUGACUUUAAUAAGUUACUGCAGCACGUGAAGGGUGAAAUGGUGUUUAUACAUUUGACGAAUACACUUAAGCUCACUUCACACCUGAAGAAAAUAAGAAACAUGAUUUCCAUGGGAAAAAUAAGUGGCUAUGUGAAAACGAUAUUAAUUCUUUCGGAUCAAGAGUCACAUUCAAAUAGUAAAGAAUACAGUGAUAGUGUACUAACUCUUCCAACACAAAAUAUACUAGGCUUCGAAGUGUCAAAGCUGUUUUCCGAUUUAAAAUGUUCUGAGGAACACAAGAAAGAUUAUUAUUUGUCCGAUCCAUAUUUCGACCUAUAUAGUAAAGCAAUGACUUUGUCUGUCGGACACAUCACGAACAAGGCAUUAAUAUCUUUGGACGUUAAAUUACGAAAUUUCCUCGACGAUAUAACCUAUUUUAAUGCUGGUAUGCAUACAUACGCUGUAUUGUUUGACAACAAGGGCAUAGUUUGGAUUCACAAAGAUUUCCCGCGAAUGGAAUCGAUGUUGGAUCAACCCCUCAAAGUUAAUUUACAUUACAUGGAGAAUAUCAGUUCUGAAACCGUGAAGACAAUGAUCGAAGAGUACGAGGGUGUAAUGAAUGUGAAAACGCAAUUAGGAGAACAGAAAUUGUAUCGGUGGAAACAUUUGACGUACAUGGAUUUAAUAGUGUGCUUGGUGUCAGCAACUAACGAAAGUGUAUUGCCUGUUGCAAAAUUGGUACCAACGUUGUCAAUGAAUAUCUUGCAUCAUCGUCUCGAUCUUUUAAUGCACAGCAUUGCUGACAAGACAACGGGAGUGGUCUAUCUUUCUCCGUGGUGCUUUCAGUCUCCGAUAGAGCAACUUAAACUAUUAGAAACUGGAACUGCGGUAACGAUGCAGAGUUACAUGGCAUACUUGAAGGACUUGACAGGAUUACUAGCCAAUCCUGGUCUGCAUCAAUCUGUCAGGCCAGACGUGGCCAUGUUGACUCAAAUGUUGAGUUACUUCAAAGGCAGGCACAUAGGAAGUGCUUUGAACAAAUUCAUAAUAAGAAGAUACAUUGUUGGAGUCGUAAGUGGCGUGCUAGAAAUAUAUCCAGGAAUUAUGCUGGACUCUGGUUUUGAUCCCAAGAGGAGAAUGUGGUAUGAAAGAGCGCUGGAACAUUCUGGGAAAUUAGUUUUUACACCUCCGUAUUUGGGUGCUGGUGGUUCCGGAUACGUUGUCACUCUGAGUCACACAGUUCAUCGUAAUUCGGAAUCAACUGCAAAAGACGACGCUAUCGCAGUUGUAUCUAUGGACGUGGCGUUAGGCUUCAUUUCGAGGCUCCUGAAAGAGAUGUUCCCAUUCUGUAACAAUUCGACGGUGAAAUGUUUCCUAAUGGAUGAUAAAGGUUAUUUAGUCUCGCAUCCAGCAUUGUUAGAACCGAUCGGUAAAAUCGAGCAACAACACUUAACGCACAAGGAAUUGUUGGUUGCAAAUGAUAUACUGAACCACGAUCUUUUCGUUAAGAAGAAAGCGUGUAUAAAUUACUUGGAUGGCACCGUGCAAAGAUAUUAUCAGUUUAAUACCUCGCUCGACGAGGUUCUUACAAACAUAGUACACGGCGAGCAUUGUGUCAAAUAUCAAGUAGCAGCCAUACCAGAGACUAACGUGUUCCUAGGAGUAGUCAACGUGACCUGUAAUUUAUUGAGAGCAUUUUGCCCGUGCAGCACGAUGGAUCGCUCGUGCUUAAAUUGCAAAAGAAUGGAACAAACCGAAUGUGAAUGCCCUUGCGAAUGUGCUUUGUACUACUCCAACUGCGCGGAAUACGCCAUAAACGAAAUGAACCUCGAACCAUGCCCGGUACCAUACGAGCAAGGGGGGAAUUCGCAGAUAUCUUGGAUACAGUCUACGAAUUUGAAAACGUGUCCGUCCAUUGACUGUAAGAUGUUCAAAGUAGAGAGCGAGUGCCUCGGAAUUGUGGGUUGUCAAUGGUGUCAUAUAGACAAUGACGGAGAAACGCCGCUGCAAGCGGCAUUUUGCAGCGACAUGUCUGUAUGCUUCAGAGGUAUUCUUGGGUUUUUUAUGCCACUUAGCGAUGGCACGUACAAUUCUCAGUCGACAGAGGAAAUCGCAGUACACGAAUGGCCAUCAGUUGGACCUGUAGCUGGUGGAAUAUUAGCGUUCCUUUUGAUACUGGGGUUAAUGCUGUUCUGUUACAGACUUCGAUCUGUUCAGUCUGGCGUAGAACAUCAGUGUUUGCACAUACAUACAUCACCCGACAUGCUGCGUAUGACACAUCUAGAAGGUGACGUAGAGCCUAUGGAAUUGGAGCAGUCAAAGAACAAUUUAGAUUCUCUGAUAAGAGAUGGAAUAGCGCCUAUUUCGCCGUACAGGGUUUCUACAAAUUAUAGGAAGCCACCUGGUGGCGAUAGUGAUCACGGAUACAGUACAAUGACACCCCAUGACGAUUCUGAGCAACAAACGUUUGCCGAACCACUGUUAGUAGUUGGCAACAAUACCGAACCUGAUCUAAGACAGUCGACUUGUCUUCCGUCACCAACAACGAACUUAGGCUCUCCUUAUCACGUUUUAGCGCCAGUCACGGUUCACUGUAAUAUGGAAGCAAAUUUUUGUUAA